GCUGGGUUUCAGAUCGCGGCGGCGGCGGCGGCGGCCUCCCAGCUCAGCCGUCGCCAGCCAGCCAGCGAGCGAGCGAGCGAGGGAGGCGAGGGCCAUGGAGGGCCACGGACGGGAUGCUCCCCGCUUCCCCGCGCCGCUGUGAUCCUCGCCCGCCCCGGCGGGCCGAGGCGCAGCGCGGAGAGCGGCCGGCCAUGGAAGCGGCGUCUGCAGAGCCGCGGCCCCCGGGCGCGCUGGGACCGCUGGCUGCGCUCUGCUUGGUGAAUCUCUUCUUGACGGGGAAAAUUGAGAGUGCAGUCCCUUCUUUAGCUGCUUGUAGUGGAAAACCAGAGCAGCAUAUGGAACGGCGAGGGGUCAUCUAUAGUCCUUCCUGGCCACUCAACUAUCUCCCGGCCAUGAACUGCAGCUGGUACAUCCAAGGAGAUCGUGGCGAUGUCAUCACUAUUAGUUUUAAGAACUUUGAUGUGGAGGACUCUCCCAAAUGUUCCAUAGACUGGCUGAUGAUGGGUCCUUCUUCCAAAGGGGAAGAGUACAAGGUCUGUGGCUCUUUUAUCCCUCCUUCGUUCAUCUCUGCCAGGGACCACAUCUGGAUCUUUUUCCACUCAGACCCAUCAAGUUCAGCGCAGGCUCAGGGAUUUCGCCUUUCUUACAUUCGAGGAAAGGUUGGCCAAGCCAGCUGCCAAUCGGACGAAUUCCACUGCCUGAAUGGCAAAUGCAUCCCCACCACUUGGAAGUGCAAUUCCAUGGACGAAUGUGGGGACAAUUCUGAUGAGAAAAACUGUAGCCUUCCCCCGACGGAACCCCAGUCCAACAUCUGUCCUUCGGGGACAUUCCAGUGCAACAUUUUCCAUUCCACCAAGUGCUUGUUGAACGAGCUGAAAUGCAACACUGUGAAAGACUGCAGCGACGGCUCCGACGAAGAAAAUUGCCCCGAUCUCUCCUGCGGCAAGAAACUGAGCAAUUUUUACGGGUCGUUUGCCUCGCCGGAUUUGUUCCGCCUGGAUCGGAAUCGGGCCGACCUCUGUUGCACGUGGCAGGUGGACACCCAAGAUAACCGCCACGUCCUUCUGCAGCUCAGUUUGCAGCUGGGCUACAAGGAUUACGUGAAGGUGUACGACGGCUUAGAGGAGAAAGCCGACAAGCUGAUAGAGACGCUCUCGUAUCGGAAUAAUAAGCACUCAGUCAGUCUGGAGUCCUCCAAGGGCCAGAUGACCAUCUUGUACUACGCCUGGUCGAAAAGCACCGGCCACGGGUUCAACGCAACGUAUCAAGUCAAAGGCUAUUGCCUUCCGUGGGAACACCCGUGCGGGGACGAGGAGGAGUGUUACUCGGAUAAGCAGCACUGCGACGGGUGGUGGCAUUGCGCCAACGGUAAGGAUGAGGAGAACUGUCCUGCCUGUCAGAAGAAUGAGUACCCCUGCGAGGGGAACAGUGGGUUGUGCUACUCCUUGCUCGACCGAUGCAACAACCAGAAGAACUGCCCCAACGGGUCGGAUGAGAAGAACUGUUUUGUGUGCCAGCCGGGGAACUUCCAUUGCGGCACCAACCUCUGCAUUUUUGAGACCUGGCGUUGCGACGGCCAGGAGGACUGUCAGGAUGGCAGCGACGAGCACAACUGUUUGGUGAUUGUGCCCCGGAAAGUCAUCACGGCUGCUCUCAUUGGGAGCCUGGUCUGUGGGUUGCUGCUAGUGAUCGCUUUGGGUUGUGCCUUCAAGCUGUACUCCCUGAGGAGCAGGGAAUACAGGGCAUUUGAAACCCAGAUGACUCGCCUGGAGGCGGAGUUUGUAAGGCGCGAAGCUCCUCCUUCUUACGGGCAGCUGAUUGCACAAGGCCUCAUUCCACCCGUGGAAGACUUCCCUGUUUAUAAUGCAUCCCAGGCUUCCGUGCUGCAGAACAUCCGAACGGCCAUGAGGCGGCAAAUGAGGCGCCAUUCCUCGAGGCGCAGCUCUUCCCGCCAACGUUUGGGCAGACUCUGGAACAGAUUCUUUCACAGGCCGCGAGCGAGAGGCCAGGUCCCGCUCUUGCACCCUGCGCGCACCUCCCAGACGGUUCUGGUGGACGGGAUCCUGAACUGCACAGACGGGGCACCUGCGGAGAGUCUCCCUGCCUCUCCUGAAGAGGCUUGCGGCCCAGCCGGAGGGGUUAUCGAACCUGCCAACAGCCGCUUGGCCUUGGAGGCAGAAGCAGCGGAAGUCCCGUCCACCGAGAGUGUGCCAAGCCCUUGCCCGGCUGCUCUACCAGACACUGAGAGCCAGCACAGCUGUGUGGCCGAAGAUGCCUCUGAGGGCAGACUCCCACAAGCCGGCAAGGCAGAUUCAGGAAGAACAUUUAGGGACCCUUUGCUGGAAAGAGUGACAGAAAUUCACCAACGGGGCAGGAGGUCACGUGGCAGGACAGCUGGAGAUGGCAGGCAUUCUCAGCUGCUGAGGGAAGAACUGCGUCACCCAAUGUCCUUAAAAAACUGGGAGUCCGGGUACCCCGAAAGCCAUGGAGCCCUUCCUUUCCGGGGGGAAGACCGGCCCCACGGUGACCCGCACUCAUGUCACGAAGAACCUUUUGGCAUUCACCCUCCUUGUUGCCAUUCCAUGGAAGUGCCAAUACCCGCCUCCCCUCUCCCAGCCCCUGAAAGGAGUCCCAGUGAUGACGAGUCUCUGUUGGUGUGCUGAAGGGUCAUGUUUGCAGGUAGAAGCCCACCCUGAGCUCGUGUAAAAGGUCCCGUAAUCCACGUCCUAGGUGCAAUGACACCAUGGGGCACGUCACCUCGCUAGCUCCCCCUGGUGCGUGUGCCACGGUAGGAUACCCCACCCUCUGCCUACAUCGGGUGGUAUACACCUACCUUUGCUACCAGUUCGCAAAUGUGAGCGUGCACACUUUCACAAACGCGUGGGAUCUUCCGCGUCAAAAAUGGGACAUGAUGACAUCUGGGCAGGUGGGCGGAGCCUCCCGCCGCCACCACCGGUUCACGCGAACCGGGUAGAACCGGCUGAAUACCACCACUGGCUUACGCUCCCACAUUUCCUUUGUCUCUUUCUUUACAGCAUGUCUGUCUUCGCGAGGAAUAGCUUAUAGAGCCUUCACAGCCUCUUCCUCUCUUCCCCUCUUUCAGUUAUAAAUGUGCUGAGUUGGAUGGAGGAUAGAUACAAUGGUUGUCUGGCUCUAAAAAGUAAGGAGGAUGACCUUGACGGAGGUAGACUAGAUCUGUUACCAAAGCAACGGGAGUGAAAGCGUGGAUUAAGUCCAAAACAAGCAGGGAGAAUCCCCAACCGGCUCAGACACUUCCCUAAUUCUCCUGAAUAUAAGAAAGGGGUGGGGAGGUGGGGGACGUCCAGCACAAUCAGACUUGCAAGAUUCCAUUAUUCUAGCCAAUCUCAAUACAAAAUAGUUUUAGCGUUGCCGUGGAGUUGAUUCCUGGUCUGGACGCCCUGAUGGGUUUGACGCUCCCUGCCGUGGCUUCACGUGCUGCGCAAAAGCUGUUGAGACCAUGGCUUUGAUGGAGUAACCUGUAUGAACAUAGUCAGUUGUGAUUUAUUAAUAGACCGCGCUUAAGCCAUGGCCGAAGGUCAGCUUUAGGUAUUAGAGCUAGAAGCUUGACAAUCCCACCUGUGCUCCUCUGGUUCAUUUUACUGCAUAUUUGUAGCUAAAGAGUGGACAUGUUCAAAGUUUACCUAGGUCCUCGGGCACCUGGGUUGCUUGAAGGUAAGGCUGGAUUUGAUAACCUUGAAUAAGUAACUCUAUACAUGGGUAAAGAGGAAUCAUACAUGGCCUACAUUGGUGUGUUUCAUGCUGUCAAGAAAGAGGUCAUUUACGGUAGUAGUGAAGGCUUUCCAGGUCAGGAAUGCCAAAUUCCAGGCCCGCGGGCUGGAUCUGGCCCUUGGGGUGCUUAGAUCUGGCCUGUGGGGCCACCCUGGAAACAGCAAAGGACUGACCUGUUGUGUCUCUGCCAGAAAAACUGGAGCUCGGAAGGGCCGUGUGAGGGCCGUGUGCAUCCCUCCUGAGCUCCGUUUUUGGCUGCAACGGCCUCCUGCAGCCCUCUGCCAGUGAAAACGGAGCUCGGGAAGGCUGCAGGACAUCGAGAUGGCCACGCCUACCCCACCACACUCACUCACCCCUCCCCCUUCAAGGUCAAACUCAACCCUUCAUGCGGCCCUUCAUGAAAUCGAGUUCGACACCCCUAUUCUACCAUCAUCAGGACAUAAGCAGUGUCUUGUUGGCUUGGACCUCCGGUCCAUUUACUUCAACAGUCUGUUGUCACAUUGACCAACCGAUUGCCUGGGGAAGGCCACUAACCUCCUAGCACAGUGAUGCCGAACCUAUGGCAUGCGUGCCACAGGUGGCAAGCGGAGCCAUAUCUGUGGGCACGUGAGUGUUGCCCCAGCUUAGCUCCAGCACGUAUGCUGAUUUUCGGGCCUUCUGGGCCCACUGGAAGUCAGGAAAUGGGCUGUUUCCGGCUUCCGGGGUGGGGUGGGGGGAAAGGCUGUUUUGGCUCCACCCAGGCUCCAAGAAAGCCUCUGGAGCCUGGGGAGGGCGAAAAACAGACCUACCAGGCCCACCACACCAUCGCAUGCCAAAAGCAGGGGUUGCACGGUAGGGUCGUGUGCAUGCAUGUGGGGGAGCAGGGCGCAUUGAAUUAUGGGUGUGGGCAAUCAUGCGUACGACCCUCCCCGCUUUUGGCACGUGACGGCAAAAAGGUUAGCCAUCCCUGUCCUAGCAGAUGACCUUCAGAGGUAGCCCCACUGCCAUCAAGGCUAAUAGCUGUUGAUUCCCCCUCAACCCUUCCAUGAAUGGCUCCAACCGUUCUUUGAAGCCACGCGAGCAUCACCGCUUCUGAGAGUUGCUGCAGUUCUUCCACUAUUUUCAUUAUUACCCGGGGUGGUGGUGGUAAUUCUUGUCCUUCGACUUCCCAAUCUGCACCUGUUCCCCAGGGAAAAUGGUAGCUCAGAACGAUUCCCUCCGCAGGUUCACCGAAGUUAUCCCAACCUAACACUGUUCCCUCUGCCUUUGACCUCCCCCGGGAUACGUGGAUGCCAGUUGAAACCACUGCUGUGAAUUAACCCUCUCUUUUCUUUGUACCUGUCUGUAAAAUUGGUUCCCUCUGCUUCUAGAAAUGUCAGCUUUUCUACGAUCCAGUCCGACCCCUGUUACGAGACAUGGCUGGCAGAGCUAGCACAGGGCCUGUGCUGGGAUUACCGGGACUGCUUAAAUGAAAAAAAAAAAAAAUCCAAUUAUUGCCGGUUUAUAAUAUUGGUCUACACUGAGUAAACGAUGCCAUGGGAAAACCGAGCCCUUGGAGCUGCACUUCUUUUAUUUGUUUUAAAAAAAAUAAUAAUAAUAAAGCUUCACCCACUC